AUGGAUAUGUUUUCAGAUAAGCUAUAGGAUAGAUAGAUAGAUAGAUAGAUAGAUAGAUUGAUAGAUAGAUAGAUAGAUUAUAUUCUCAAUCAAUAUCUGAGUGAUGUUAUGAAGAUUCAAGUCCUUGCUUAGAAAUUUUGA